UUUUUUUGUACCCGCCUUGGCGGACCCUGUAGUUAGACAAGCGAUUUCUUGCUCCACUUGGCAAUGAACGCUGACCGAAGCAAAGACGGCUUGAUCGUCGAAUAGAGGCGAAUGCAUCCCUCAAACAUCAUGAGUUUAAGACCCUUUCCUCCCCGUCUCCGUGCUUUUCUUCUCCCAUGUUUUGCUUCUUUUUGUUUCUUUUUCCCCCUUUACAACGUUUCUAUGGGAAAUGUCGUGGUCCUCCCGUAUCCGUUGGGCCAGUCGAGCAUCCGCGCCCGAGGCUCUCCGGUCGAGUAAUUUCGUCAGAGUCGGGUUCCCAUGACCACGAUGAAUGCAGUUGGCCACAUUGCUACCCUACCGGGCGAGAGGAUACCCUCCCCAACCCAUCUAUUCGUCUCGUCGCGGGGAUGAUUUGACAACUUCCGCAGGCAUUAAAACUAAUUAUAUUGUGCAACGGCGAGUUAUCCGUUGCCCUGACCUAGGAGACCUGCCCCCCCCCUCCCUCUCGUCGGUUUAGGUCGAAAGGUGACUCUGAGAGCUUCGUUUUCGCCACCUCCUCUUGCCACACCCUAGUUGGGCACGUUCUAGGUUUUGUAUCCCGUCUCCUGUAUGGUGUAUCCCCUAGCCGACGAGAAGAUUUAAAUCGGUAGCCGCGCAAAGACGGUGAGGUCGGCAUGGCUUAUACCGGUUCUACGGCUGUUCCUGCAUGGGACGCCAGGACGUAAUAGAUGACGGAUUGGUAGGCAUAUGAGGCGGACGUUUCAAGCUUGCUUGCAACGGCUAGGUCAUGUGCCUCUGCCCUUCACCUAUCCCCGGAAGUCAGCUUUCCCUGGCCAAUGUCAACAGUGCGGUAUUUGCUAUGAGCAUACGUAUCCCGGCUGGUCUCCUUC